AUGCCACUCCUUGAUUUAUCUCCGGAGGUUUUCGAAAACGUCGUUCAUGAGCUAGUCUCUGUCGCUGGUGUUAACGUGGCCUGGAAGCUUCGUAGGGUCUGUGGUACAUUCAAGCUAGCUAUAACGUACGACAUCUUCGCCAAGCGGACCUUGAAAGAUCUCACCUACAUCUCGAACGACCUUUUGUGCCACAAUUUUGGCCUCUAUCUCUACUACCGAAGUAGGGUACCCUUGGAUGUGCAUCCGUACCUACCCGAAAGAAUCAACAAUAUGAUCAGCUAUAUGUCAGAAGAGCUAGGAACUGUCACGGAGAGCGAGAAAGAAGGGUUGCAAAGGGACUUAUGCGACAGACUAGGCGCUGACACCACAAAUGACGAAAUGAUACGCGCUUUGCGAGGCUAUGGCAGCAGAAAAGGCUUGAAACCUGAGUACCUCGGCACCCCUUUCGGAGCAAUCGAUCAGCUCGUGGCUGCGUCAAUCCUCGGAAAACUUGGACUCAUUAAAACAGCGAUGGAAUCGCUGCGCAGCUACGAUACUCAUCCCGUCUUCGGAGGUGUUCUCUUGCGGGCGACUGCAGAAGGACAGGCAUCUGUUGUCAAAAUCAUACUGGAACAGCUAGACGCGGCCUUGCAAGGUUCUCACGAAGCCCAGCGCAUACGAAUGGUCGUCCAGCAAGACCCAUUUGCUUGCAAAGAAUGGGAAGUGAGCGAGUUCAACAUUUCACGGGCCAUCCUGGCCGCCGUCGAGCAUUCCCGUCCUGAGAUACUUGGUAUAUUAUCCACGUGGUACAAGCAAGCAGGGUUCACAUUCUUGAAAGCUGAGUACAACACUUUUCUUGACACAGCCAUUCGCAAGUCGAGUCUGGCGGUAUUCCAGCGUGUGUUAGACGUUCCUUAUACCAAGAGAAAGACGACGAAUCCUAUCACCUCCUCACAGCUUUCCCUGGCAUGCGCAAAAGGACGCCAAGAUGUCGUCAAGCUGUGCUUCGAGAAAGGCCUCAUUGAGACAGCGGCAGCGACCUGUGCAAUGAUUUCAGGCAUCAACUCGAACAAAUCCGAAAUCGUCAAUUCACUCAUACAGGCUGGCGCUGACGUCAACUAUCCGACGCCAUACUACUCUACCGUAAGGCUUCCGUUGAAAGUGGCAAUGCAUAAGAAGAACCUUUCCAUCAUUCAAGCUCUGAUUGAUGCAGGUGCACACCUACCAAACAUCGCAUGUUGGUCAAAGCAUGAGGCUACAUAUGGGAUUCUGCGACAUGCCAAGAUCAAGAACGACGGUGGGCACGUGCUGGAGUACAAGUAUUUCAAGAAAAUGAAGAGGGCAGAGAUUGAGAAACUUGGAGCUGAGGAUUCGAGAAGUGACGAGCUUGGAGUAACGACUUCAGUCACUGCGAUGGACUUGCUCGACUUCCCGCCUGAGAUCUUCAGGCACGUCAUCAACUGCCUGGUCAGUGAUGUUGGUGUCCUAUGUGCUUGGAAACUGCGAAGCGUAUGCCGUAAGACUCUCAUUCCCGUGGUCGCGCAAAUGCUCAGGGCUGAUAAUUUCAUAGGAACCUUUGAUCAGGAGAUCAGCGCAAACAUUCUAGCCGUACAACCGGGAGAGGCGUUUCGCAGCUACAGAGCCUGGUGCCUACUCAAUCGCAAAGAGAACAUGAUGUACUACCUCGCAUAUCACGUCAAGAGUCCACGCGAUGUCUUACCGGAGCUUCCCGCCAAGAUACAGAGGAUGGUGGAGUAUGUCACCAAGGAGCUCACCGCAAUAGACAGUCUCGACGACCGUAACAUCCUUCUGGAGGUUUGUGCCGGCGUUGCGCAGACAUGUCCGCUCCUUGCAACCUUUCUCUGGCGGAAUAGCUCAACCUCGCCAGGGAGCGAGCAAAGAUACAGGGAACGGCGCCAAGCACUGAGCAAGGAUAUCACCUAUCAUGACCAGCUCAUUGCGGCGAUAAGUGUAGGUGCUCAUGAUGCCGUCGCAAAACUACUACCUCAUGCUCCUACCUCACUCUCGCUGGGUAUUUUUGAAGAGCCAAUACUAGCUGCUGUUCGACAACAAGACCACAAGAUGAUCGCUGUUAUGAUGACAGUUCUGGAUCAACAUAAGUUGAAGAGGUUCAAGAAGAAUCAGGUCAUUGGGUUUGGUUCUCCAUACAGUAUGCUUGGCUCCAUGCAACCAGCUAUCGCGGAUGAUAACGUCGACAUGGUAAAGCUACUACUUGGCUACAUUCGUCGCUACCUGACCCUUCCCGACAAAACCUAUUAUCGUCAGUGGAUAGAUCGUGCAAUUCUCUCACGAAGCAACAACGUCCUCAGAACUCUUCUCCAAGCCGCACCCGACACCAAGCCCUUACAUAUCAACACUACUAUCUUCGAACGGGGCGUUAAGACCGGAGACUCAGCUAUCGUUACCACUCUCAUCAACUACGGAAGCAUUCAGCUAGACUCUAGUAGCGCCCAGAUGUCAGCCCUGGCGGCUUCCAUAAGAGCUGGUGGUGUUGCGGUAAUUCGCGCAGUCGUCGAAGCUGGUGCAGACAUUAAUUUGGUUAUAACAACCCAUCGUCUGAAGCAUUGCGAUGCCAUUACACCACUGGAGUACGCUAUUUAUCUGAACCACUUCGACGCCGUGUGCUACUUGAUCAAGUGCGGAGCCAGCGUUCCUGCUACCUAUACUUGGCACCUCUCAAAGAAGAUGCAAGCCGUCCUUCAGAAUGCGGCAGUCUCCCAGAAGCAAUCGACGAAGCAAAAGCAUUAA